CUUUAGAUGUACAUAUCGUCCGACCAACCCCAGAUUAUCCAACCUCUUUUGUAAUUUUCCUUUUUAUCUUCUUCAUAAUUCAAUCUUCAUAACACACGAAACGAAACCAUCAGCCAUCAGUAUCGGACAAAAAGAAAACAUACCUCAUUAAUUGCACUACCAUAAACCUCAGAUUUGACAUCUUCACUUCUCAAUACUCAAUUCCCCACCCUUUUUUGGUUGCAGCUAUUGGGGGCUUGGAAAGCUCACAUUGCGUCAUCACGAUUGUUUGAACUGAGAGAACUAGAUCUCCGGAAACUCCUGAUUAUUAAAUCUGAGGCGUCCUAUAUUUGGUCCAAGUGGGCCUUGUUUGCAUACGACACGUAAUAUCUAUCCACCUAUCCCUCGCAGCCAUGUCGGCCCCGCGAACAAAACGCCAAUUUGCAGGCGCAGCAAGUGAUCCCGCCCAGCGACAGAUUACCUCGUUCUUCGCCUCCGGUUCGUCGGCAUCCGUCUCGCAAUAUCCCGAUACUUCCUUCGCUAGCCAUACCAACGCGCGGGCGCACAAUACCUCUGAUCCUGCUAGUCCCUCUCUUCCUGCGUCGGUUCAAGCAAACCUCCUCUCCGUGGGCAUGCGAGUGCGCAAGUCCGUCCCCGAAGGCUACAAGACAGAAAAGUAUAGUGCUUUUGCGCUCUGGGACGAGAACAACAACGUCUCUACGGCGACGAUGGGCGAGGGACGAUCACGCGCUAAUGCUAUUUCGACGCCGCGGGAACUCCUUCCCUUCUGCGGGAUCAAUAAGGUCGGCGGUCUUGGAACACAACCGGAGAACACUCAAUCAUUCUCCACUGCCGCAGCCUACCAGCCAUUACUCAGUCUCAACGGUGUGCCUCUCGAUGAGAUGAUGGACGAGGAUGUUCCCGGCCUGACGAGCAGCCAGGACUCCGUCGAGAGUGCUGGCCCAGGCAUCUCUACUACGCGGACUCGCAAGCGUUCUUAUACCGAGGACGAAGAUGAGGCGCCCCAAACCCCAGGUCGUCUCAACCUGGACUUCAACCCGGGUGUCUGGAGCGACAGGUUUGACGGCGAGGUCAGCCCGCGGAGCGUGGCGCCCAUCGGCUGGGGUGCAAAUAACGGCCGGGUCAUGGCGACGCCGCGGAAGGCCAAGUUUCGGCAAACCAAGCUAUCAGCACACGCCCUAGGCCAAGAUAACGUCAGGGUGGUAGGAAGUGCCGACGGCACCGACUUCGAAGAGGCCGAUUUCCUGGUCAGAACAUCCGACCUGGAAUACAGAGAUGAUUCACGAGGUUGGGAGGUCGAGAUGAGCGAUGUUUAAGCGUGAACUAUACGAAUUGUCUUUACCGUGUAUUGGAUAACGAUAAGAUACCCAGAAGAGGAGCAAGGCACGAGGAGGGAAACAGGAAAUGCGGAGGCAAAGACAGCUAAGUCGAAGCUGUUUGUAUUAUUUCGGAUUGUCAUUGGCGGGCCGGCGUUUUUAGCGAAGAUUGCAUGGGUUAAUGGACUACCUGGCAUUGAGGAAUUUGCUCGUGUUGUACGCGAGUUGUGUUAUGCUGCGUCACGUUGCGUACAAUUAUGUAUCAUAUUGAGGACGAUCGAUACCUAGAGGAAAGGGGAGAAAGUACAGUACACACCGGGGAACCAGUGCGUAAUAGCUGGAGGCGUAUCGGCUUAUCUCCAUAGGAGAGAAUAAGGUAGCUUGUAGCAUCGCAUGAAGAAUUGUUACAACAUC